UGCAGUGAAAAUCCAUUCUGUGUACGAUAAGGAGCUGCAGAGAGAAGUCAAGGCACCAACCUGGGAAGAGGUUGGAGAAGAAAGCUGAGAAGAAAGUCAAAGUUUGCACUCAGGGAUCGGCAAGAAGUGUCCGCCUCCUAUGAGUGAGGAUGUCCAACCGUGCCAGGAUUUAGGAAUACAAUGUGAAAGAAGACUUCUUCAGCUCCCAUCCUUCAACCUAAACAGAAGUGCUGAAGGCUGGAGACCCAGACACGACCUGAGAAUGAGGCGAAGAAAAAUCGUAGUUGCUGGAGGCUUCUGUCUGUCCUUCUUCCUUGGCACCUUGUUGAAUUUACUCUGCGUGCCCGGUUUCGACCAUAAUCAUCACUUACAGGAUAGGGGGACUCCAGUACCUUUUGGACAAUCAUGGCAAGACAACGAGAUCUCGAUGGACCUACUGAAGCAACUCCAAGACAGGUACCGGGAGGUCAUCCGAUAUAGGGAACACCAAGCUCCGGUGUCGGCCACGGAAAGGCUUCUAAGACCCUUAGAGAGGAGACUCAUGGACCUGGCCCAGCAAUCCUCCUCUGAACACAACCAGAAAUGGGAAAGCCCUAAGAGAUCCGGUUCUGAUCGGGACACGUUGUCUCAAUCCCAUCCCAGUUCCAAAAUAGAUCUGUCCCUUCAGCCACCUUUGUUGGGUUGCCAGGACAUUAGUAAGGGAACCAACCUACAUUAUCUGGGCUCGGGCUACACGAAAGCUGUUUAUAAGUUGGCGUUGAAUGACACGGUGUCGGUGGCACUGAAAUCUGUUGAUUUCGGAGGGCACGACAUCCAAAAUUGCCUUAAGCGUUAUAGGACUUUGGAAGAUUGUUACAGGUUGGCGUCCUUCAAGAUCGUCAAAGAAAUGAUCUUACUGCAAAGACUUCAGCACCCAAACAUCCUACAGCUUUAUGGAUACUGCUAUCAAGACAGUAAUGACAUAUCUGACACCCUGACCACCAUCAUUGAAUUGGGUUCCCCUCUGGAGAUGAUUCAGCUCUUACAGUCUUCUUGGGAGGACAGAUUUCGAAUCUGCCUAAGCUUAGUCCGGCUGUUGCAUUACCUGGCCCAUUCCCCUCUGGGCUCCAUAACUCUGCUGGAUUUCCGCCCCCGCCAGUUUGUAAUCGUCGAUGGUGAACUGAAGGUGACGGACUUAGACGAUGCAAGCAUGGAGGAGACACCGUGUACAAGAAGCGAGGACUGUUUCAUGGAAUUCCCAGCAAGGAACUUUACACUUCAAUGUUCUGUCGAAGGAAAAUGUCAGAACAUGAAUGAGAAGAGGAACCUUUACAAUGCCUACAGGUUUUUCUUUACUUACCUCCUCCCUCACAGUGCACCGUCUUCUCUCAGGCCAUUGCUGGAUGCUAUAGUGAAUGCAACAGGUGAACUGCGUUGGGGCAUCGAUGAAACUUCUGCACAGUUUGAGAAGGUCCUUUACUUAUACAAGAGCGGCCUAUACCUGUCAAAUGCUACACAUGUACCGAAAGCUGAAUACAAGCUAGUGGAAGAUGUUUCGAUAGUAGAUGAAGACUACAGAUGUUGGCCAUCUUACCAUCAUAAUGGAUGUCUCCUUUCUGUGUUCGAUAUGAAUGAAGCCAUGGAAGUUUGUGAAAGCCAUUCUCAGUGUCAAGCUUUUAUAUGGACAAAUCAGACAACCUGGACAGGGCGACAGCUUGUCUUCUUCAAAACAGGCUCGAGAAAUCUUGUGGCUGAUCAAAACAAAAUAACCUACCUGAAAAUGGCAGUCUGACCAAAGAGAUUCUACUAAGGUCAUCGGACAUGGAUUGAAUUUGGAAAAAAAUGCACUAAUAUUCAUUCUAAUUUCUAGAGUGCUAUUCAACGUUACCUGAAUUUACCAGGGUGGAUGUGCAAUACUUCAGCAUUUUUUUUUUAUUCAAAUGUGAUUUAAAAGACAAAAUGUGAUACACUGUUAGAAAUGAAGAUAAAGGAUAUGACGAUUAUCUUUAAAUUGUAUAUAAUGCUAUUUCUGCGGUAAAGAAUAAUGACAUAUGGAACGGUUCAAGCACACCAAUGUCAGUAGGCUGCUGGCUUUACAUUCAGUGUGACUCUCCAGUGAUGCACUGGUGAUUUGUGUCCAGUGUGUAAUAUUAUUAUUUUUUUUCUACAGGGAUGAGUAAUUAUUUGUUAUGUUUUAAAUGUGUUUUACUUUAAGUGUAAAUUAUGAUAUUUUAAUUAUAAAACAUCCUUAUUUAGGAUGUUGAUCCAUGAGGAUGCUAGUAGAUCAAAGCCAUAGCUCA